UCUUACUAACUAGACAGAAACAGGUUUGGUUCAUUCCGAAUCCGAACCGAACCAAACCGGAAGUUAGGGUGAACUGAUUUAAAGAAGAAGCUGAGUUUCUGAGCAGAAUCGGGUCAACUGAAGGUUCUGUAGGUUCUACCUGGCAGACGUGGAUCGGAACCAGAAGGAAAUAGAGACGCGGUGAGAGGAACCAGAACCUGCAGACGGUCCCUAACUGGACCUCUGAGCUCCUGGCAGGCAGCGGACCGAACGGCUGGCGCUGGACGCCGCUGACUCCACGGCGAACAUCCGACUGGACACCCAGCUGACUGCGGUGUGAGACGGACCGAGGAGCUCCGGAGGUCCGGUUCGGUCCAAGUCCUCAGUCCUGAACCGGGCGUCCUGUGGCUCCACCAUGACGGUUCCAGAUGUUCUCUGGUCUCUCAGAGCUUCAUGCUGCCAGGGAGAGCAGAAGGUUCCGUCCGGAACCGGUCCAGAACCUCUCUGGUUCUGCUCAGAUUGUCAGCUGAUGUUUGGGAUCUGGAUCUGGUUGAAGAUCGGCUCGACCUGGACCGGAACCAUCAGAACCGUCUGAGUGGACCCGGACCAUCAGAACACUUUCUCCAUUUGUAAUCGAUUUCUGGACUACAGUGAAAACUGUUCCCGUCCUCCAGAACCCGGGCGGUGUUAGAGCAGAGGGAUCGUCUCUAUGAGAAGAUGUCUCACUACCUGCAGCUGAAGAACGCCAUCCAGAGUCUGGAGGAGGCGGGGCCUCAGCGGCUGAAGGCAGACGUGGAUCUGGGCUGCAGCUUCUUCGUUCAGGCCCGAGUGGACAAUCCGUCCAGGAUUCUGGUGUUGGUCGGGUUCGGGUUCUUCGUGGAGAUGAGCCACCAGGAGGCGCUGCACUUCAUCGACAAGAAGACCAAUCAGCUGACGCUGGUCUGCGGGAGCUGCAGGGGCUGGAGGAGCUUCCAGACGUCUGCAGGAAGUCUGCUGCUGCUGCUCAGCUCUGAUUGGACGAUGAGGAGGAAGAAGAGGAGGAGCCUCUUCAUCAGGAGGCAAAUGAUCUCCAACUGGACACACAGUGGAACCAACUUCUUCUUAGACGUGAACGGAAACAUUGAUGACAUCUACUUCCUGUUGCUGCUCAAACAGAAAGUCCUCCACAUCACUGAGACAUUUCAAAAUAAAAUGUCAGGAAGUGGUUUUGUCUGGUGAACAGAGAAUCAGCUGAACUGAAGCUGAAGAAACAAACAUGAACAAGUUCUCAUCUUUCUGCUGUUGUGUUUUUUAUUGUAAAUUUAAUAAAGAAUUUGAGAAUA